UCCACUCUCUCUUUCAUAACCCACUCUUUCUCCUUCUCUCUGUAGACUCCCUGUCUUUCUCUCUCUCUCUCUCUCUCUCUCUCUCUCUAGACUCCUCCUUCAAGGGUUGGCAAAGAUGUCUCUAAGGCCGAAUUCACGUGCUGAAGUUCGGAAGAAGAACUAUAAGGUUGCAGUCGAUGCAGAUGAGGCAAGAAGGAAGCGUGAGGACAACAUGGUGGAGAUCAGGAAGAGUAAGAGGGAGGAGAGCCUCCAAAAGAAGAGGAGAGAAGGGAUGCAGGCUCAGUUUGCUCCCACUGUACAGCCCUCUGCUAUGGACAAGAAGCUUGAAAGUCUUCCUAAUAUGGUGGCAAAGAUAUAUUCCGAGGAUAGUGCCAUGCAGCUUGAAGCAACCACACAGUUCCGGAAGCUACUUUCUAUAGAGCGCAGCCCUCCUAUUGAGGAAGUUAUCGAAGCUGGUGUUGUGCCUCGUUUUGUUCAAUUUCUUACGAGGCAGGACUUCCCUCAGCUUCAGUUUGAGGCAGCCUGGGCCCUCACAAAUAUUGCAUCUGGAACAUCAGACAAUACCAAGGUUGUGAUUGACCAAGGUGCAGUUCCCAUAUUUGUACAGCUUCUUUCCUCUCCCAGUGAUGAUGUUCGAGAACAGGCUGUUUGGGCAUUGGGCAAUGUUGCUGGAGACUCUCCAAAAUGUAGAGAUCUUGUGCUCAGCCAAGGAGCUCUUAUGCCACUAUUGGCCCAGUUGAAUGAGCAUGCUAAGCUUUCAAUGUUAAGGAAUGCUACAUGGACCCUUUCAAACUUCUGCAGGGGUAAACCUCAGCCACCAUUUGAGCAGACUAGGCCAGCACUUCCAGCCCUGGAGCGGCUGAUUCAUUCAACCGAUGAGGAAGUUUUGACAGAUGCAUGCUGGGCGCUUUCCUACCUUUCCGAUGGUACAAAUGACAAAAUUCAGGCUGUGAUUGAAGCUGGUGUCUGUCGGAGACUUGUUGAACUCUUGAUGCAUCCUUCUCCUUCCGUCCUUAUCCCUGCACUUCGCACAGUUGGAAAUAUAGUUACUGGGGAUGAUGUGCAAACUCAGUAUAUUAUCAACAAUCAGGCGCUUCCCUGCCUCCUUACACUCUUGACACAUAAUCACAAGAAGAGCAUUAAGAAGGAGGCAUGUUGGACCAUCUCAAACAUCACUGCAGGCAACAAAGAGCAGAUACAGGCUGUAAUCGAUGCGAACAUUAUUCCACCUCUUGUUCAAUUGCUUCAAACGGCUGAAUUUGAUAUCAAGAAAGAGGCUGCGUGGGCCAUUUCGAAUGCCACAUCUGGUGGCACCCAUGAACAAAUUAAGUACUUGGUGAAUCAAGGAUGCAUUAGGCCACUCUGUGAUCUUCUGGUUUGCCCAGAUCCUCGUAUUGUUACAGUCUGCUUGGAAGGGCUUGAGAACAUUUUGAAGGUUGGGGAAGCCGAAAAGAACCUUGGAAACACUGAUGGAGUGAACCUCUAUGCUCAGCUUAUCGAUGAUGCUGAAGGUCUGGAUAAGAUUGAGAAUUUGCAGAGCCACGAUAACAAUGAAAUAUAUGAGAAGGCUGUUAAGAUUCUUGAGACCUAUUGGUUAGAGGAGGAUGAGGAUACCUUAUUGCCACCUGGUGAAACUGCUCCUGCUGCUUUUACUUUUGGUUCCAACCAGCCCCCGAUUGGUGGAUUCAACUUCAGUUGAAGCCUUGAGGUUCUCAUGUUGGGUCGGAGUGCUAAGUUGAAGGUUUCAUACUAAGUGUCAGAGGAUGAUGGGGGGUUGGGCUUUCGCUGAAGAGCAGGGUGUUGUCUGUCACUGGAGUGGGUCCGGGAUUCUUUUCGAGUCGUUGGUUGCUGAUCGGUUUUGUGUUGAAAUAGAGAAAGCUCCCAAAACUCCCACUUGUUCAUGAAUGGGGAGUUUUGGGCUCGGAUCAGUGGCAGUUAUGGUCGCGUCAUAAAUUUCCAGGCUUUUUUUUCUUUUUAAUGUUUACUGAACAAGGAAUGUGUAAAGAGCCUGGGGUUUUCAGCUGGAGUCAUCUUUUAUAUGGGUCUGGGUCGGGUCUUUUAUCAGGAGAUGGUCAAUCUAAGACUGUUCUUCUUUUAGAGCCAUUUUACCAAUCUUUGGAGUGGCUCUUUUUACAGUGGGACUUGCUGCCCCUCCCUCUCUUAUUGGGAGUGGGGUGGAAGGGUUGAUCAUGGGGGGUCUUUAUUUGCUCUCUAUGAGUGGUCUAAUGGGGGCUUCCUCAUCAGGGAGUUUCCAGAGUGUCUUCUUAUUACGUGUCUUUUUUUAUAGCAAUACAGCGUCAUUUUGUAAUAACGGGUUAUCGGUCUCUCUCUCUCUCUCUCAGAGUCUUGUGUGUGUAUGUGUUGGAUUUGGUAUUCAAGGUAGUAUUUCUUGUAUUUGAAGGAUGCCAUUACUUCGUCAGCAUGGAUUUUUUUUUUCA